AUGCAAGGCCCACGCGGUAACGCCAACACCAGCACCAAGUCCUUCAAGCAAGCCUUCCUCAAGAACCUCCUCCUGAACCUCCAUGCACUGACGGGCACAAGUGCAUCAUCCUUCGACGCCAUAAGCCUCCUCGAGAAGAAGCGCGCCGUGAAGUCCUCCGCCGACGUUGCCAUGGCGGCCGCACGUGACGACUCUGGCGACGCCGGCGCUGCAAGGUGGCCCAAGGCUAUCUUGGCCCGGGCAUCAAGGGCGUGCAAGAUGCGGAGGUGCAGGACGAUCGUGAUCAGGUGCCGCGGCCUGAAGAGGAGCUUGACGAGAAGCCGCGCUGCCGCCGCCUCCAGCAGCGACGGUGGUGAUGCUGCGAGGAGGCUGGUGAGGAGGACGACCAUGGCGCUGCGGGAGAUGAUACCGGGAGGCCGGGACGCCGCCGUCGACGAGGCCACGCUGCUACGCGAGGCCAUGGACUACGUCGUGCAUCUGCGCGCUCAGGUCGACGUGCUCCGUCAGGUCUCGGAGGCCGUGCAAAGAUCCAGCUUCAUUGCUCGGCAGUUAACAUACAGGCCAGGUUAUACAGUUCAAAAACUAACAGUAAAAAACAGCCACAUUUCGUCCUUUGACCAACACAAAAAUACUCCAGUCGAUAGUGCUGCAAAGGCACAUUCUAUAACUAAAGGGUACAGUAAUUCUUGA